GUCGCGCUGACGUCACGGCGGAGUUGCCAUGGCGGCGCUGAACGGUCUGGCGUCGGCGCUGGAGUCUUACCGGGGCCGCGACCGCCUGAUCCGAACUCUGGGGUACUGCUGCCAGCUGGUUGGCGGGGUCCUGGUUGAACAGUGUCCUGCCAGGUCCGAAGUGGGCACACGCCUGCUAGUGGUGUCGGCCCAGCUCAGCCACUGCAGGACCGUCUUGAGACUCUUUGAUGACCUGGCCAUGUUUGUCUACACCAAGCAGUACGGCCUGGGGUCAGAGGAGAAGGACGUCUUUGUCCGCUGGCUGUCUGUCCUGGGCAACGUAGCUGACCAGCUCUACUAUCCGUGCGAGCACGUGGCCUGGGCCGCUGACGCCAAGGUCCUCCGCAUGGACUCUGCCAGAUGGUGGACCCUGAGCACUGCCCUCUGGGGUUUCUCCCUGCUCCUGGGGGUUGCCAGGUCCCUGUGGACGGUGCUGAGGCUGAGGCAGAGGCUGAGGAACCCCAUGACCAACCUCACCAGUCGGCUGCCCCAGAGCAAGCAGAGGGCCAUCGAGGUGCGGAUGCAUUCGGAGGUGCUGACGCUUCUCAGCAACCUGGCUGACUUGGCCAACGCCGUGCACUGGCUGCCACCAGGUGUCCUGUGGGCCGGCCGCUUCCCCCCGUGGCUGGUGGGCCUCAUGGGCACCAUCUCCUCCCUGCUCAGCAUCUACCAGGCGGCCCAGGCUAGUGGCCAGCCCGAGGCUGCCAGCCCCUGACGUGGUGUGAGGAGCAGGUGGAUGCAGCUGGACCCGACAGAGGGCCCCUUCCCAGAGCAACCACCAGCCAGGGGAUGCGUCUGUGAUUGAGCAGCCCUGGCGCAGGUGCAUAGGUAGGGAGGGAAGAGGGGCUGGUAUGGGGACCCUCCAAUCCCAGCCAGGGCCUUGGUGGGAAAAGCUCUUCUCUGAGGGCCAAAUGGGGAAGACCCCAGGACUCCCAAGCCAAGGCAGAGCUUGGAAAGGCCCUGUGUGGGCCUCUGCAGAGCCUUCUGUCUGCUGGCCGGGUCCUAUAUGCAAAUGAAGACAAGCAGGAGAGACACAUGCCAUGCUUCAAGUGAGACCUUGGGAAAGCUGGAACGAGAAUCAAUUAAACAUUCUGGUGCUGGUGCUCA